GCGCGGGCGGCCGCGCCGGGAGGUCGCUGUCACGUUCCGCUCUGUGUGGCUGUCGUCUGAGGAUACGGUGUCGCCCGUCCCCUGUGGAGGGCCGCUGCUUCUGGGAUCCCGUGCCGGGCCCAUUCCGACCGGUGGCGGCUCCAACAAUAGCGGUGUGAUCGCGGCCGAUUUAUAGCGACACGGCGGUGAUCGCUCUCAAGAGGCGAAGGAUUCCGACCGGCCCGGUGGGAGAAUCGCUGGUGUCGGUCCCAGGUGUGUUGGUGUGUCUGUGUGUCCCAGAGGGGCCGUGUGUGUGCAGCUGUCAGCAGGCAGCGAGUGGCUCUCCAGCCACCAGUCCCUGCUGUGAGUGCCAGUGAUACGGGCCGUGCGCCAGUCGAGCCCCGUGGUAGUGAAACAGCGUGUCAAGCCGUGUCAGUGUGUUAGUGACACAGCGUCAGAGUGUCUGCCGGUGCCCCGUGAGUGCCCGGUGUCGUGCACACAGCCGGAGGAGCGUCUCCCGUCUCCGCCUCGUCUCUUGCCGUCUCCGUACCGAACCGAAGACCUCUCUCGACACGUGGACGACACCAGGGAGCCACUGCCGUCGGCCGGCUCGGUCUCUCUGCCGACACGGGUCCUGCCGACCGGUCAUCGAUUCCAGCCGCCCCAGACGGGUCACGGCACCAUGACGUCAUCGGUGCUCGGUUCGUCAGAGGACGGCUCGGAGCGGCAGGAGGGUGAUCGACCCCGUCUGGGUGACCUGAGGUCACACAUCACCUGUGUCCUCUGUGCCGGGUACUUCAUCGAUGCGACCACCAUCGUCGAAUGUCUACACACAUUUUGUCGAUCGUGUAUUCUGCGACAUCUGGAGGCCAGCGCGUACUGUCCAAUCUGCGAGGUGAAGAUUCACAGGACGAAAGGCGCCUCCAGUCUCAGGGCCGACGGCAUCCUGCAGACGCUGGUUUACAAGAUGGUGCCGGACCUCUUCACCCAAGAGAUGCAACAGAGGAGGGACUUCUACGAGCAGAGGCCCUACGCAGACCCGGAGCUGCCGAGCUGGGCCAAGGGAGACGUUUCCUCCUACGUGCCUCACGUCUUCACCCCCGACGAGCCCCUCCAGCUGCGACUGGCCAUGUUCGACGCUAACAGGGACGACGAGGAGAGCCCAAGUACCGCUGGCGUACCAGGUGGUGUACCUCCGGUCCGGUACCUGCGCUGCCAGGCUGGAACACCCCUCACCGUGCUGCAGAAGCUCAUCCGAAACAAAUAUCAGCUGCCGCCUAGCAUCCAGGUGCAGCUGAUCAGUGGACGGCACGUUCUACCUGAUGACGUCACUCUGCUGGACCUUGGAUACAUGGGCUACCUCGGUCAGAACAUCACGAACUUAUCGUUCCGGCUGGUUCGAGGACGAAAACGGCCCCCUGCGCCGUCAGAGCCGAGCGAAACGCUUUCAGUGAAGUGUCCCCGACUGGAAGCAUCAUCACCAGAUCCGACUGCGCUGAGUUCAGCAUGCCAGGAUGCCCGACUGCUAGACUCAGUUACCAAGCAUCAAAUAGCGCCAGCCUCACUGACCAAUGACAUUACGCUCAGAGGCGUGACUUGCCUCGCAAAUAUUCAGCCAGAGACGACACCUGCUGACACAAAGAUCAUGUUGCCAUCUCCUCCAUCAGCGAACAAGCAGUUAUUACCUGCGUCCAGUUCCAUGCCUCCCCCAACUCCUACGGACAAGCUUCCUCUGCCGGCGGCUAGUGUUCCUUUACCGCCUGCAGUCACGUCACCGGUCUUCACUUCUGCCGCCGUAAAGCCAUCACUCGAGCACACCUCUUCGGGUUCACUGACAUCAGCGAACACUUUACCAGCACUCUCAGUUGUGGUCCGCCCAGAAGCGAUGUUUGACCCUGACGAUGAGGAGCCGACUUCCCCUGGGGUGGUCCAAGACAUCAUCGCCAGCCUGGAUGCUGAGGAGGAGGGUCCGUCAGUCGGACGCACAGAAGUGGUAAUAUGUCAGAACGGGAGUUCGAGGUCGGGAGCAGCUGGAGCGCAGAGCUCGACUGAGGAAGCCGCCAGGAGGAAACCCGACAAAGAGGCGGAGGACCAGGCUGUGGAAGAGGGAAAGAAGAACACGACCAAUGUGCAGAACGUUGAAACGAAUAUCUCGAACGGAAAACCACAGGAACCUAUUAAAGAAGAUGGCUUGCCGAGAAAACGGAACGAUAACGAUGAGGUCCAGAUUCAGACGUGUUCGAAGUAUGAUGUGCCAAACAAAAAAUCGACAAAGACUGCUGGUAACUCAACAGCAACACCAGUCAAAAGCAAACUGACUGAACAAGCUCCAGUUAACAGUGAGUCUAACGUGCUAAACAAAAAUAACGGCAGCAAACCCAUCGCCGAUGCUGUCAGCGUGAAAACAGAUCAACCAAGCGUCCCAUGCAAUGGACAUGCUACAAGCAAAAGCUCUGUUGGUGGUUCGAUCCCAAGCCCAAGUGGCACAAUGAGCUUUAGCGUUCCACGUCAUCCAUUCAAUGGAGAGGUAUCGGGGCGGACACAAUGCCACAGUGGAGUAGACGAACGCCGGUGCGACACGACCAAAGGUUGCCUUGAGAAGGAGCUCAAUGCCAGAGCGAGCUUGAAUACUCCCAGGGCUAACAGCAGCACUCCACAGUCGCCGACUAUCCCCACUCCUUCAGUCAUCGGUUCUGGUCAAGCGCCCUCGUUGUUAAAUGGUGCGGGUCAAAAAGUUCCGAGCAAACACAUCCAUAGUGGUGCACAGUUACAAGCAGCCACAAAGAUGUCAACGACUUCAACCGUAAAGGAGUUUUUGUCGGAACCUUCCACAAAGCCUUCAGAAGCCAGCGACAAAGGCAUGCGGAAGGAGGCAGGACCGGCUUCAACAGGACGUAUGGCAAAUUUGCCUUAUUCACUGAAGCUCCACAUCCCCUCGCCGCCACUCCAAUCCAACACAAUGUCCUACAGGAUGUUGGACGUGCCAAAGGUUCAGCACACUAUUCACAACAUAACCAAUCCGUCGCUCACCCAGCUCCCAAAUCCGAGUCACCAUCGUGGUCAUGCUAUGAUCGAGCAAAGGAAUCGUACUCUCAAUGCUCAUGUCGCUGAAACAAAGCCAAGUGCUUCAUUGAAGCGGAGCCACGAGGGGUCUGCCGUGCAAUUCAAGCGCGCUCAAGUCAGUCAAGAUGCCGCGGGAGGGACUACUCCUCUGGAUCUCUCCAAUCCAUCGAAGAAGACUGUCGCCGCCGACUCAACGUCCAUGCUGUACGGCUCGCCUGUGGCAUCACCGAAGUCAAGUGUGCUCAAAAUGAAGUCUGGGAAGAACCAGGACAUUCAUUCCAUCGUUGAUAGUCUCGCAAAUCGGGAGCACAUCUCUCUCACUGCGAUUUCAUCUAAAGCGUCCGGUCAAACACAAACUCCAGCCAAGCAUUCCUCUGAGGCGAAGACUUGUGCCACAACAACGAAAUCCAUUCCCUCUUACCCCAAGGCGUCGAAUAUCCCGAGAAAGGUGGCACCGCAAAGUGGAAGGAGACAUCCUGGGACUGUCACAAAGCCUCCUUAUCCUUCCACACCCCCGGUCUCAGUUUCGUCGCCCAUGUCCCCGCACCGACCUCUGCCGAUGUCCCUUCCGAUGCCGGAGUCUGCCUCCUGCUGCUUCCCUCCAGGUGGUCUCUGCAGCCCUCCCCUGCACGUAGACACCAGCCUUGCCAGCCGCCUGAGCUACGACAUGGCGAUGCGGAACCUCCUGACGCUUUCCCACAUGGCCAUGGCCCAGGGCGGCAUGGUCAGACCGCCAUCUCACAUGUUCCCCACGCAUCCCAUGUUCCCUCCGCUGCACAAGGGUCACGAGUUCCACCCGAUGUCGGACCCUUCCCUGCUUCGGCGUCAGUCCGAGGCCAGGAUGGGGGCCUCCGCCAAGAAGGCGUCUCCGACGGCGGGCACCACGGCACCGCCGCUGCGGACUCCGACGGCACUGACGUCGGCCUCAAUCCAGCACAUGGAAGACCUCACCAGAACCGUUGGGAAGAGGAAGGACUCUGAGAGACACUCGGUCACGCUUACACCGAUACCUUUUAAAGGCUGACGUCGGUGCUAGGAAUGAUGCAUAGAAUAAUUAGAAAUAUGCCUAUCAGGUCCCAUGAAUGUGACAUUGAAAAGGCUGUGUCCCAAGAUGCGUAUUUUCGGUUUCUAAUGUUACCGUGCGGAUGAAGUCAUUUGUGCGCUGUUGAGACAAAUGCGUGUUCAAUGUGUUGCCAAACAUUCAUCGAGUGAAAAUAGUGCCAAGCACAUUUUGCUGACGUCCCAUUUCUGACUGCGCAAUGCACUUGAUAGUCUAAAGCCACUCGAAGUAUUUUCUGGUCUGACAAAUCGCCUAUAUUCGGUCACUUGACAUUUUCAACCCAAUAUGUCGGGUGAGCACACCUUGUGCAAUGGCAUUUUUGGUAAACACACAAUGUUAACACAAUGUCGGAUGUCCUGUUGAUGCAUUCUUCAGCGCUCUUUAUGGCCAAAGCGAUUUGUAGCUGUAACGAUUGAAUGUGGGUAGUGUGUGUUGAAUGCGUUUCCGGCAAGAAGUUUGCCGAGAUACUUUGUAUAACGCAAAAACUGUGCACGAUGACGCAUCCAUAUUUAAGCCAUGUCUCCACAUUCGAAAUAUACACCAAAGAUAGCC